GCCUCGCUUCUUCGUCCCCUCAGGCCGCGGCCGCCCGUCCCCUCAGAGCCCUCUCCGCCGGCGGCGGCGGCACCACUACCGCGAGCAGCGCCAGCGCCGCGGCCAUGCAGGCCAACGGGGCGGGAGCCGGGCAGCAACAACAACAGCAGCAGCAACAACAGCCGCCGUCGUCCUCUUCUCCUCCUCCGCCGCCUCCGCCGCCGCCUCCGGGCCCCGAGCUGGGCUGUCUCAGCGCCCAAAACGGAGAGGCCUCCUCGGGCUCGGCGCCCGGGGAGCAGCAGCAGCAACUGGCCCACGCCAACGGGCUCCUCCCGGCGGCCAAUAACAACAACAACGGCGGAGGAGGCGGAGGGCCUAGUGUCAACAACGGGGUCUCGGCCCCCGGGGGGUCGGCGGGCGAAAUGGGGGGCGGAGGAGGAGGAGGAGGAGGCCUGAAGAAGAAGAAGCGCCUCUCGCAGUCCGACGAGGACGUGAUCCGGCUCAUCGGGCAGCACCUCCACGGCCUGGGCCUCAACCAGACUGUUGAUCUUCUCAUGCAAGAGUCAGGAUGUCGUUUAGAACAUCCUUCUGCCACCAAGUUCCGCAAUCAUGUCAUGGAAGGAGAAUGGGAUAAGGCUGAGAACGACCUGAAUGAACUUAAGCCUUUAGUACACUCUCCUCAUGCAAUUGUGAGGAUGAAGUUUUUGCUGCUGCAGCAAAAGUAUCUAGAGUAUCUGGAGGAUGGUAAGGUUCUAGAGGCUCUUCAGGUUCUGCGUUGUGAAUUGACACCUCUGAAGUACAACACAGAGCGCAUUCACAUCCUCAGUGGAUAUCUGAUGUGUAGUCACGCAGAAGACCUCCGUGCAAAAGCAGAAUGGGAAGGGAAAGGAACAACUUCCAGAUCUAAACUUUUGGACAAGCUGCAGACUUACCUACCACCAUCAGUGAUGCUCCCUCCAAGGCGUCUGCAGAAUCUACUUCGCCAGGCUGUAGAGCUACAACGGGACCGGUGCCUCUAUCACAAUACCAAACUAGAUAAUAAUCUAGAUUCUGUAUCACUUCUCAUAGACCACGUUUGCAGUAGGAAACAGUUCCCAUGUUAUACACAGCAGAUACUUACAGAGCACUGCAAUGAAGUGUGGUUCUGUAAAUUUUCCAAUGACGGCACUAAACUAGCAACAGGUUCCAAGGAUACAACUGUUAUUAUAUGGCAGGUUGAUCCAGAUACGCACCAGCUAAAACUGCUUAAGACGCUGGAAGGCCAUGCAUAUGGUGUUUCCUACAUUGCUUGGAGUCCUGAUGACAGCUACCUUGUUGCCUGUGGCCCAGAUGACUGUUCUGAGCUUUGGCUCUGGAAUGUACAAACAGGAGAGCUGAGAACAAAAAUGAGUCAGUCUCAUGAAGACAGUCUAACAAGUGUGGCUUGGAAUCCAGAUGGAAAACGUUUUGUCACAGGGGGGCAGCGUGGACAGUUCUACCAGUGUGAUUUAGAUGGUAAUCUCCUUGACUCCUGGGAGGGAGUGAGAGUGCAAUGCCUGUGGUGCUUGAGCGACGGGAAGACUGUUUUGGCGUCAGACACACACCAGCGGAUUCGAGGCUAUAACUUUGAGGACCUUACAGACAGAAACAUAGUACAAGAAGAUCAUCCAAUUAUGUCUUUUACUAUUUCAAAAAAUGGCCGGUUAGCUUUGUUAAAUGUAGCAACUCAGGGAGUUCAUUUAUGGGAUUUGCAAGACAGAGUUUUAGUGAGAAAGUACCAAGGUGUUACACAAGGUUUUUACACGAUUCACUCAUGUUUUGGAGGCCAUAACGAAGACUUCAUCGCUAGUGGCAGUGAAGAUCAUAAAGUAUAUAUUUGGCACAAACGUAGUGAGCUGCCAAUUGCGGAGCUGACGGGGCACACACGUACAGUCAAUUGUGUGAGCUGGAACCCGCAAAUCCCAUCCAUGAUGGCCAGCGCCUCUGAUGACGGCACCGUUAGAAUAUGGGGACCAGCACCUUUUGUAGACAACCAGGAUAUUGAAGAGGAAUGCAGUAGCAUGGAUAGUUGAUGGUGAAUUUGGAGCAGACGACUUCUGUUUAACUUAAAUCUAGUCGUAUUUUAAAUGGCUUGGGAUUUGGUGCAAACAAACAUGAUCGGUAGCUGGACAGACAUGCUCGUCAUGAAAAAAGAACCAUUUCUAAAGCCCAACUGGGGCCAAACAUUUUACCACCUUGCUUCAUAGUAAACAGUUGAGAUGAAGCACGUCGUUAGAACGUUGUUGGACACCAUGUUGAAGUAACCCCCUCAUCGGUUGUGAAGAACUGUGCUACAUUCAGGCUAACCAUUGAACUCCGUAUAUACAUUUUUCCCUGCUGCCAUUUUGUCAGGCAGACUACUGUUCUUGUUGCUCUUCUGUGUAAUGAAGUUUAAAUGCUUGUUUGGAAAAUCUUUUAUUUAACAGUUUAGAAGGCUUGAUAGAAAGAGUGCUUAGUCUGAAGAGUACAUGUUGGAUAGGAAAGUACUUCCUUCUCUUGUUUCUCUGAGUCUCUCCGCCUUAUUUAGCUUGAGAUCUUUGCAGCUUGGUUCAUGGAUUCUAGCCUUGCCCGUUGCGCAGUAUAUCUAAACCCAGAUGUUAAACCAGUGAAUGACAUGAAAAGCACUCUCAGUAUCACACUUGACAAAAAGUUUUGUACUUUUCACAUCGCUUGUUACCCUAUAAAGGGGCUAACAGCACAAUUUUUUAAAAUAAUAAAUUAUUUAUAGCAUUAAAAUGACUUCAUUUGUAUACGUUCAGAAUUUAAACCAGCUUAAAAAGUGUCAUCUAUAAGUUAAUGCAGUAUAUAACUGGUGCUCCUCUGGAGUGUUGUGUAAGACCAUUUGGCUGACAGCAGUUUUACACAGACUAUAUAAAGUAUUAUUUUCAAAAACAAACUUGAUUUACCAACGAAAGAAUUUGAGAGCUUUCAAAAUCGCCAGCUAAACAAUUCUAAUGUAAUUUCUGAAGUUAAUAAACAAGACUUCCAAAUUGGCCAUAACUUGUGCAAUGAUUCUUAUUUGAAAUGUAAGGUUAAAAAUGAGGGUAGUGUUUGUAUUAUCUUCAAAAAAAAAGUGAGUUAACCAUCUCUUGUGAAUUAAAUACGUAUUAGUCCACUCUUUUCCAGGACCCUUCUCUGAGUUAAGUGCGGUUAAUUGCGUGACAUUAGGAAUUGGGUUCCUUAAUUUUCUGUUUGCAUAAGAGACAUAAUAGAACUCAGAGAAAAUUAAUCUGGUUGUUUGCCCUACUUAGCUGCUGAUUUUCAGAAUACCCCCCUCCCCCGUUAAAGCAUGAAAAUGCAUGUAGGGCCAUCCUUAAAAAGAACAGAAAAGAAAGCAGCUCAUAAGUUCAAUAGAAUAGUAAAACAUCCUUGUGGCAUUAGCUGAAAAAGAAUAAGAAAUGGAAAGGGGACUUUAUAGGAAAAGGAAGACCCAAGACAUAACCUUUUAUUUCAUGUUUUGUUUUUAAAUGUAAAGAUUCAGUGAUAAGGAAUCAACAUUAGUACUGCACCUGUAUGUAUCCCUUACUUACUACAGUUUUCCUUUUGAGCCUUUUGAUGCUCCAAAUUGAAUUGUUUCAAAAUGUCACCCAAAAGUGGUAUUCCAUGAACUUCACACAGCAAUUGUGUUCUCUUUGAAUAUAAACACAACUCUGGCUUCAUAAUCCGAAGAGUUAAAAAUGCACAGAUGAAGUAAUAUUUGAAUAAUAGAAUGUCUUCUUGCCAGGUCCUCUAAUGGAUUCUGGAGCAGUAAAGAAAUUUCCGUCCAUACUUUGGCUCAUAUAAGCUGUUCUCUUUCUGCUUAAAAUUUUAUCAAUAAAGUUACAUUUACUAUAGUUGCUCAUUCACACACAAUCUUCCUGAUGUCAAGCUUCUUUAUUUAAAGGCUUUUUAUAGCUCCCUUUUAAGCCUAUAUAAUAUUUUACUUUUGCAGAUACUCCCAUUCUAUACCUUGAUAGAUUCUAGUUCUGUUAUUGACAUGGUGCUCCUACUGACCUUAAAAACACCUUAGGAGAUUGCAGUAAUCAAAGCGUGCUACAAUUUCUUUUGAGCAGUUGGUCAAAAUCACGUACUGUAAUUGGUUCAGAUUUUCUUGGCAUAGAUCCCAAACCAGUAAAUAAAUCUGGAGAUGCUUUCCUUUUCUUAAAAUGUGGGAAACUAAAUUCAGGAUACCAGAGUGGAUGUACCUUCUCAGCUUUCUCCUUUAUCAAGUCAUUCCUAGAUCAUUGCUGCUGUUAUUUAAAUGCCAAUGUCUUCAUCUGAAACUGCAUGAGAAAUGUGUCUUAAAAAUGACACUUGUAAAUUUAAUGGGACAAUGCAGGCAACACUAUUUGAGAUAGAAGGUUUUCAGAUAAGAUAGUCUGCCUGCGUGCAACCUUUUACUAUGGAUGACAUUGAACCAAAAGCAAUAUAUGCCUGGCUGUAAAGUUAGCUGGCUUCAUUAACAUUGCUACCAUACUAAACAGGUGAACAUCCUAUUUUUUGGGUUGCUGUGAGUUUUCCGGACUGUAUAACCAUGUUCCAGAAGCACUCCCUCGUGACGUUUUGCCCACAUCUAUGGCAGGCAUCUUCAGAGGAUAGAUGUGGGUGAAACAUCAGGAGAUAAUGCUUCUGGAACAUGGCCAUACAGCCCGGAAAACUCACAGCAACCCAGUGAUUCUGGCCAUGAAAGCCUUCAACAGCCUAUUUCUUUUCCGAUAUGUGGAUUAAAAAGGAGGCUGUUGAUGUUUAUAGGGGAGAAUACAUGGAAUAGGUGUAUCUGCAACCUUCAUUUUCAUAUAUUGGAAGACAUCACUACUGUUGGCUAUUUAAUACUGAAGCAACUCUAAUUGCUGUCCAUAUCUUACCCAGAACAGAGGAAAUGAUGUAUGGGAAAGGGAUACUAUAGACUAUAUUUUGCCUUAGGUUUCCAUACCAGGUCAAUUCCAAAAUAUGCACACCAGCUAAAAAUCAUGACAUUUCACCACAGUGCUUCUGAGCUCAUCAGGUAAGUCAUUUUAAAAAUAGGAGCACAAAUGGGGAAAUACAAAAUAAAUUCUAUAUAGCCCUCAGAAUAGUUUUGUAAAUAUGAGGCUUACUUCCCUCACUUUUAAGUUUUGGUUCCAAAAUGAGGGAAGCAUAAUAUAAAUUUUAAUACCAAGUCACAGGUGGAAAGCUACCCAACAUUUGCCAAUCUCAUUCUGGCUUCCAAGCAGGUAUUGUUGAAUGUAAUGUAAUGCUAAGAACUUAGUGCCAUCUUAACUUUUAAAAAAAUCUCCCACCUCAAAGGAAAAACUGGCUUUAAGUUAAGCUGUUUUCUAAUACCAGUCUUAUUCUGGCAAUAGAUAAAUUGGGGGAUGGAGAUAUCUUUUUUUUUUUAGUUAUCAGCAAAAGAAUGUCUAACCUUUAAUUUUGGGGUAGGAACAGAAGGGAAAGAGAAGCAAUUUUCAACAAGAUUUAGUGCCCUUAGUUAAUACCCCAAGCACACAAGUUGCCUCAGUUCGAAGAAUUUGAAAUGAACUGUUAAACUGGAGUUAUCAAUCAUAUAUAUGGUUAAAAUGUAUAUUGCAUUGGCUUGAGUCCAUUUUCAGCUGCCAUAGAACUGUUCAUUUGACAGACAAUUAGUUGAAUUUUGGAAACACUUUGACACUUUUUGAACAGGGUGGACUUAAUUGAUUUGUGCAGUGUUGUCUGCAUUAGCUGCUCUAAUUGCUGGAACACAAACUAGAAACCCAUUUCCUAUUUGCUGCUUUCAGAUUAUCUGAAUUCAGCAAAGUGUGUGUGUGUGUGUGUGGUAUGAAUGUAUGUGCGUGAAACACAAAACAGUCAUGGAACCAACUGUUCUAGGUACAUGUCAUGUUUUACUGCAUACUUUAAGUCAAGUUGUGUGUAUGUGAAGUGUCCUGACUUAAGAUUUUGGUUGAUACCAAUAUAUUUUUAUAAAUUUGAAAUUCAGUGUGCCCCAUCUUUUAAGUGUUUCAUUGUUAGGAUAAAUGUACUAGAUUUAAUUCUUAACACUUCUCAGCACAGAUGGAAAAAGUUAUCGGCUCCUUGAAAACGUAUGAGGAAGAAACAGAUCCUCAAAGCAUGUGUGUACUUACAAACCAAGCUGUAGAGAUCAAGAAAAGAACUUUUAUUGUUCUUAAAUUUCUAAAUUGUCAAGAUUUAUAUGGAGUUGUGGUGGAACUAGUUAACAUUUAGAGCUUUUGGUAUGUAAUGACUAUUUGCUAUGGACUGAUAUUAAAUGUUUCAAAGGAUUGCGUUCUUAAACUUUCUGGAUUUUUGUUACUCUCCUCUUCAAUUAUAUUAAGUAGUUUAAGAAUUUCUUUAUUACAUUAAAACAUAAGAACGUUGGGUCUCCAUAUUUAUUUUCACUUGUUUUACUAAUUAUUUACAGAACACCUUAACUUUUUGUUUUAUAAAUAUGUAGUAUAUUAAAACAUAUCUCUUAAUGUUCAGUUCAAACUACAUUGAUUCCCGGUUUUUGUUUUUAUUGGGGUUUUUAAAAAAAUUACACUUUUCCAUGUUGGUGCACAGCACUUAACAAAUAUUUGUAUCCCUUUCUUUCCAAUUAAAUAAACAGAAUGAAUAACUGGA